AUGGCUCCUCUGUCCUCUGAAGCAGCAGCCAGUACUUCAUCUUCUUUUCUCCCACCUUCUAAGGAUGACUCACAUCAUUAUACAUACGAGGUCUUCCUGAGUUUUCGAGGCGAGGAUACACGCUCUAAUUUUACAGAUCAUUUGCAGUCCGCUUUGUGUGAAAAGGGAAUUGAGAUCUUCAUUGAUGAUGAGCUCAGAAGAGGAGAAGAAAUAUCAUCAGCUCUUGUCAAAGCAAUCGAGGAAUCUAGAGUUUCAAUCAUCGUCUUCUCUCAAAACUAUGCUUCGUCAAGGUGGUGCUUAGAUGAGCUGGUCAAGAUACUAGAAUGCAGAAGAUUCAAAGGACAAGAGGUUAGACCUGUAUUUUACAAGGUUGAUCCCUCAGACGUACGACACCAGAGGGGUGCUUUCGGUGAGGCAUAUGCGACGCUUGAUCAAUGCAAAAACAAAGUCAAGAUGGAGAAAUGGAAGGCAGCUCUUACGGAAGCAGCAGAUUUGUCUGGUUGGCCUUUCAAGGAUGGCGAGUACGAGGCUAAGUUUAUCAAGAAGAUUGUUGGGGAGUUGUCCACCCGAGUAGUGAAUGCUUCAUGUGAGUUGCAUGUUGCUGAUCAUCCCAUAGGAUUAGAGUCUUGUAGACAAGACAUAUGCCGACUUUUACAUGAUACGGAAAACGUUGUUCAUAUGGUUGGCAUAUGGGGGCCUGGUGGAAUAGGAAAGAGCACGGUUGCCAAAGAUGUGUUCAAUUCAAUUCGCCAUGAGUUUGAGGGUAGCUGUUUCUUGGCAGAUGUCAGAUCAAAUGUCCUAGCCCAACUACAAGAGAGACUUUUGGUUGAUAUUUUGAGAGACUUGAAUUGGAAAGUGUGUAGUGUCGAGGAAGGAGUCAGUUUUAUAAAGACUAGAAUGCGACACAAAAAAGUUCUCUUAAUCCUUGAUGACGUGAGUGAUUCUAGCCAAUUACAGAAUUUAGUACCAUGCCCUGAUUGUUUUGGGCCGGGAAGUAGAAUUCUCAUAACAACAAGAGAUAAACGUUGGCUAAUUGCUCAUGAAGUUGAUUGUGUAUACGAGGUCAAGAUGUUAGAUGAUUGUCAUGCUUUGGAGUUAUUUAGCUUGCAUGCACUCAAAACAAAUAGACCUCCAAGCGAUUAUCUGGAACUUGCACAGCAUGUUAUACGCUAUGCCAAAGGCCUUCCAUUAGCUUUAAUAGUCUUGGGCUCUCAUUUAUUUCGCAGAAGCAUAGAGGAGUGGAAAGCUACAAUAGGUAGUUGUAAAGGAGGUCCUCAGGCAAUUAUACAAGACGUUCUCAAGAUAAGUUAUGAUGCUCUAGGAGCAGAUCUAAAAGAACUAUUUCUUGAUAUGGUUUGCUUCUUUAAAGGCAAGAAGCUAGACGAUGUGAAACCAAUACUGGAAGCUUUCUAUGACUACAAAACAAUGAUGAUUGGUAUUGCAGCUCUCCAAGAAAAAGCCUUGAUAACAAUUGACAGAGAUGAGAUAUGGAUGCAUGACUUGAUAGAAGAAAUGGGUAAAAACAUUGUGUACCAAGAGUCACCUGAUGAACCCGGGGAGCGCAGCAGAGUGUGGAGCGAAGAAGAUGCUGACGAUAUUCUAACAAAUAAUACAGGAACGUAUAAAGUUAGAGGCAUCCAAGUGCCGUGGCGAACAUCUAAAAUACCAUUGAUUGCUGAAAGUCUCUCAAAUAUGAAGAAUCUUAGAUAUAUUUCUAUGAGUGAUCACCUGGAAUAUGAGUGUUUUUCGGGAGAAAUUGAUUAUCUCUCCAACCAGCUGAGGUGGCUUAAUUGGCCUAGAUGUCCGUUGCAAUCUUUUCCAUCAAGUUAUCAUGCAAACAAACUUUCAAAACUCAACAUUCCUUACAGCCGCAUCACACGACUAUGGGAGGGGCGCAAGGUACUCUAA